AUGCACGACAUCCUGUCAGUAGCCGAAAAUCAGCUGCACGUGGCCGAGCAGUCCCUGCAGGUGCAGAAAGAGAUUGCAAAAAGGAUGCUAUCCAAAGACGAAGGAACGUGUCUUCAACUCCUCCGUCUCACGAAGGAUGAAAAGGAUGAGACAUAUGAAUGGUACAAAAACCGAGUGGAAGAUCGAGUGGAAGGUACUUGCCAAUGGUUCUUGCAACACGACAACUUCAAAAACUGGUUGAGGCAAGACUCAGGCCCUCUAUUGGUCUCGGCAGAUCCUGGGUGUGGAAAGUCUGUCUUGGCCAAAUACCUGAUCGACGUCGAAUUGCCCCGAUCGAGUACCACUUGCUACUUCUUCUUCAAAGACCAGGAUCAGAACACUCUCAAACAAGCGUUCUGCGCAUUACUACAUCAGCUCUUCACCGAAAAGCCUUCCCUAAUUCGACAUGCCAUGCCAGAUUAUUCCAACAACGGACCAGAUUUUGUGAAAAUCACGACAUCGCUCUGGAAAAUAUUAGGGAACGUCGCUCAAGACCCCGAAACAGGACCUGUCAUUUUCGUCUUGGACGCGUUAGACGAAUGCAACGAAUCUGACUUUCGGGAUUUGAUCCGCAUGUUGAAGCAGCUAUUUCAUAAGGAUCAGAGGCAACUCAACGAGACGAAAUUCCUCGUAACCAGUCGCCCCUAUGAACACAUCGUUUCCGAAUUCCGAGAGCUGGUCGAUGCUUUCCCUCAUAUUCAUAUACCGGGGGAAGAGAGCUCGGAAACCAUCAGCCAGGAGGUGAAUCUUGUAAUCGAAUCUCGAGUUGAAAAAUUGGCCAAGGAGAAGAAUUUGAAAGCGGAAAUCAAGGAUCAUCUCAAACAACGAUUGCUCGAAAUUCCCCAUCGUACCUAUCUCUGGGUUUACCUGGUAUUCGACUUCUUAAAGUCAGAGGUCUUUAAGAAAACGAGGAAGGGCAUCGAUUCCACGAUUGAUACACUCCCUGAGAGUGUAAAUCAAGCCUAUGAAGGGAUCCUUAGUAGGUCCAAGGACCAGGGGAUAGUUCGGAAGGUCUUGUCUAUAAUAUUGGUAGCGAAACGACCUCUCACGCUCGCGGAGAUGAAUGUUGCCCUCAAUGUCGAUGCCUCAACAAGAUCUUUGGAAGACCUGGACCUUGAAGCAGAAGACGACUUUGAAAAAUCCCUAAGAAACUGGUGUGGUUUGUUUGUGUCGAUCUACCAUCAUAAGGUCUACUUCCUUCAUCAAACUGCUCGAGAGUUCCUUCUUCCAAAACUUGCAUUGUCUUCGAUGCCCCCUUCGCGGUGGAAUGGCUCCAUAACUCCCCAGCAAGGCCAUCUUGUUCUUGCGGAGAUUUGUGUAGUCUAUCUCGAGGUUGUUUUGCCACAUGUUCCAGAGGCAAACCCAGAAACUGACAGCAACAUCGAUUACCCCGUCUUUCUCGACUAUUCGGCCACAUAUUGGCCUGGGCAUUUUCGCGAGGGUGACAUUGGUCAGGAUGCUAUAGACGCAUCAUUAGCUUUGAGACUUUGUGAUCCUGAUAUAAAGGGUUUCUCGAUUUGGACCAAAAUUUAUGAUCAAGGUCCCGGCUAUUCCAUGGGUCAUGUUGGUCAUAUGGAUCGCGGGCUUAAUGUAGCCUCUAUUUUGGGACUUGAAGCCGUUGUGAAGCUGCUGCUAGCGAGAAGCGAUAUCGAUGCCGAUUCGAAGAAUACUGUUAAUGGAUGGACCCCGCUCUCCUUCGCUGCCCAGAACGGGCAUUUAGCGGUUAUUAAGCUACUACUUGCGAGAGACGUCGACCCUGAUUCUAAGGAUAAGGAGGAACGGACCCCGCUUUCCCACGCUGCAGAGUGGGGCCAUGAGGCCAUUGUUAAGCUACUACUUACAAGGGAGGUUGACCUUGAUUCUCAGGAUACGAUUGGACGGACCCCGCUCUCCUUUGCUGCGGAGGGAGGG